UAAAUUACAGCGAAGCCCCUGCCACUGUUUCUGUGAGAUGCGACUCAGUGCUCGCCAGCUUUUUCCGAUACUUCCAUUAAUUUCACACACACACAUAUAUACGCGCGCACCGCACACAUACACAUUCAUUGUGACAUUAUUCAAUAAUCUUCACUCUCCUUCACGCUCUCUCUAUCUCAAAAGCCAUGAGUCUCUUUGGCCUUGGCAGAAACCAAAGAACAUUUCGCCCCAAAAAAAGUGCACCAUCAGGGAGUAAGGGGGCACAGCUGAGACAGCAUAUUGAUGCCACUUUAGGUAGUGGAAACUUGAGAGAAGCUGUAAGGUUACCGCCUGGGGAAGACUUCAAUGAAUGGCUUGCUGUCAACACUGUGGAUUUCUUCAACCAGGUGAAUCUGCUUUAUGGCACUCUCACUGAGUUCUGUACUCCUGAGAACUGCCCUACCAUGUCCGCUGGCCCUAAGUAUGAGUACAGAUGGGCUGAUGGUGUGCAAAUUAAGAAACCUAUCGAAGUUUCAGCUCCUAAAUAUGUUGAGUAUUUGAUGGACUGGAUUGAGAGCCAGUUAGAUGAUGAAUCCUUAUUUCCUCAAAAGCUAGGUGCACCAUUUCCUUCAAAUUUUAAAGAUGUUGUAAAGACCAUAUUCAAGCGUCUCUUCCGAGUAUAUGCGCAUAUAUAUCACUCUCAUUUUCAGAAGAUUGUGAGUCUUAAGGAGGAAGCCCAUCUAAAUACAUGCUUCAAGCAUUUUAUACUGUUCACAUGUGAAUUUAACCUGAUUGACAAGAAGGAACUUGCACCACUGCAAGAGCUCAUAGAAUCCAUUGUCCCAUACUAAACAAGUUUGACGCUCACCUAUCACAACUAGCGUUUUUAGAGAUAUAUACGUGUUUGUUACACUGCUAGUAACAAAAAAUCUGUACUCGUCUCUUUGCAGCUUCAGUUUCAUCAUGUCUUGUUGCUAGAAUCUAACAUUUAAUUCUUAAAUAAGCGUGUUUACAAGUUUGUAUGUAAUGUUAUUCUUCCAUGGACCAACCAAUGAGCAUGGGUUUUACUAUUA